GUCUCGGCCGCCGCCUGGGGAGGCCACGCCCACGGGGCGGGGCCGCGGGCGGGACUUCCUGCCGGGGGCCUGUCGCUCCUUCAGGAAGAGCCCCGCUGCGGAUCCCGCCGCCCGCCGCCCGCGCCUGACCUCGAGUUGAGAAGAUGGCUGAUCCUUGGCAGGAAUGCAUGGAUUAUGCAGUAACCCUGGCAAGACAAGCUGGAGAGGUAGUUCGUGAAGCUAUAAAAAAUGAAAUGAAUGUUAUGAUUAAAAGUUCUCCAGCUGAUUUGGUAACUGCUACUGACCAAAAAAUUGAAAAAAUGCUUCUCUCUUCCAUAAAGGAAAAGUAUCCAUCUCACAGUUUCAUUGGUGAAGAAUCUGUGGCAGCUGGGGAGAAAAGCAUCUUAACUGACAGCCCUACAUGGAUCAUUGACCCUAUUGAUGGAACAACUAAUUUUGUACAUAGAUUUCCUUUUGUAGCUGUUUCCAUUGGCUUUACGGUAAAUAAAAAGCAAGCUGCUAAGCGUACCCUGGUGAAAGGAGAUGAAGUGGAGGAUAUUACCAAAUCACUCUUGGUGACAGAGUUUGGCUCUUCCAGAGCACCAGAGACUGUAAAAAUUGUUCUUUCUAAUCUGGAAAAGCUUUUGUGCAUUCCUAUUCAUGGGAUCCGAGGUGUUGGAACUGCAGCUGUUAAUAUGUGCCUUGUGGCAGCUGGAGUUGCAGAUGCAUAUUAUGAAAUGGGAAUUCACUGUUGGGAUAUGGCAGGAGCUGGCAUUAUUGUUACUGAAGCUGGUGGAGUACUAAUGGAUGUGACAGGUGGGCCAUUUGACUUGAUGUCACGAAGAAUAAUUGCUGCAAAUAGUAAAACAUUAGCAGAAAGGAUAGCCAAAGAAAUUCAGGUGAUACCACUUCAAAGAGAUGAUGAAGAGUGAUUGCAACAGCCCCACAUGUUCAGUCACGGCUGUAUUUUCCCAUAAUUUCUGACACACUGAUGGUGUUAUAAAAUUUAGGACAUUUCAGAUGUAAAAUAUGAUUGGUUAAAAUGGUCUUUGAUAUUCAUAUUUAAAAUGCAGUUUGUUGUAUAUUUUACUAAGACUAGGUAUGAAAGAAUAGGUGAUGAAAUUGUUUUAAAAAAAAUUUGUGUGUAAGUAUGUUGGGGAAAAAUACACAGGUGGUUGAGACAAGGUAUCGAUCACAUCAACUGAAAUAGCAAUUUAGAAUUUCUAAAUAUAUAUGAGUCUCUGAAAGUUUGACUAUGUACAUAAGCAUUCUUAAUUAGAAAGGUAACUUUUUGGAAAAAAUUUCUUUAGUUCCCAAAGGUAUAUUUAAUUAAAUUUGUAAGAAUAUAAUGGCUACUUCCUAGACCAAGUUUUUUUCUUUGCAGAGAACCUUGUUUUACUCAUCUGUGUACACAUAGCACCUAGCAGAGUACCAGUCAAAUAUGGGCAAUUCAAAAAUAAGCAUUGAAAUAGUAUUUUGGAGGUAGCAAUUCCAUAACAUAAAAGAAAUGAGCUCACCACUCUUUAUUUUUAUUUUAGGUUUUGAGGUAAAAAAAAUAUCAUUUUCAUUCCUUGUAGCAUUUCACAUUGCCAUACCAUUUCAAUUAUCAUACUGCUAGCUAUCAUUUCUAAUUAUGGACAUUCUGCACUUAAUGUAUUUUCUAAGACACUGCAUUACAGUAUUUAUUUGGAUUCUUUGAUUUUCUGAAACAGCUUGUUUUACAUAGGAACUUUCAUUCUCAUCAGGGGUCUUUUUUUUUUUUUUUUUUACUGUAGUUAGA